GCCGGACGUGGCGGCUCUUCGGAGUUGGGUAAUACUCAGAGGAUGUGUUUCGACACCAACUUAGCUGGCGAGCGCUGCGCAGACUCCGCUUCUGCCCGGCAGGGCAGGCUCUGGUGUCUCCACCCCCCUAACCUGCAGUGAAGUGAAAGGGAGGGGAAUGCUGUUUAAUCAAUGGCUGGGGGUGGGAGCCGGCGCUCCCGCUGGCCCUCCCUCUCACUAGCCCCGCCGGGCCCCACGUUCCCCUGCACGCAGACACACACAAACACACACUGUACAUGCAACACAUAGCCAGCCCUCGUGCACACCCAGAGAGCGCUUUACCUGCCUGCCUCUGGCUGCCGCUGCAGAGGGGCAAAAAGAGCGAGCGCCUGAGACUGCUGCAAGCCACACAGGGGACUUUAUGACCGGCUCCGCUCCUGCCUGGCUGAGAUCGCCGAGCAUUUUAAUCGGAAACCCCCUCGCCCGCUCUUCCCUCCCCCGCCCGCCCCCACGUUAGUCACUCUCUGGCCGGGCAAGCCCCGAGAGCCCGGAGCAGAGGCAGGCGAACAGAGGAGCAGCCGGGCGGGGGGCGAGCGAGCCGGAGCGGAGCUGCCCGGGAGCCCGCAUGAAACUUGGCGAAGUUAGUUGGAAGCUCUGGGAGCCGCCGCCGAGCUCCAAGUUGGAACCUGAUCCCGGGACUCGGCGCUGAGCGGGGCCGCUGGUCCCUGCCCGGCACGGCUCGCGCGCCCGAGGGGCCGCAGCAGGAGGCGUCGCUGAGCGCGGCCCGGAGUGGGGGCCAGUCCCGCCCCCCAGCAGGCGAAGGAGAAGAAGCGAGUAUGUCCGAGGAGAAAGCGGCUCGCAGCGGCUCGCCGGGGGCAGAGAUCUGGCUGUGAGCGGACGGGACCCGGCUGAUCGCCAGCCUCUCGCCAGAGCGGCCCGGGGAGGGAAGCGGACAGCGCCCGCUGCCCCCGCCACACGCCCUGCGCCCGGAGAGCGCCGGCCCGCGGUUCGUUUGCAGGCUCGCGAUGGGAAGGACUCUGUGAUCGUUGCUUGGCUCGCGGCUCGCCUUGCACGGAAGGAAGCCGCCGUGUCUCCCCUGCAGCCCCCGGCCGCUGUCAAAUGACAAGUCCCCGGGCAGAGUCGAGCUAGUGGAAGGGGAAGGGGGGAUGUUUGCACUUUUCCAUUGGUCCCUUUGAACCCGAAUCCAACCCGAGGGGCUGUUGGAGAGAGUUUCAGCAUCCAGCUUGAGAAGAGAAAGAAACUUCGCGGCGCAAAGCAGAGCCCGGGACAGUCUCCUGGCUGGGGGCCAGCUCUGGAGGGAAAGGAAAGCGGUGCACAGGGGACCUGAGGUUUGGGACAUCGCCUUUCAGGGUGCGGAGAGGAGCCCGAGGUUGGGGCCAUCGAGAGCCCAGCAGCCCCCAGGCGCGGGACUUUUCCCCCCGGGAGGCCGAGAGGGAGGAGCGGGCCGAAGUUGGGGCUGCAGUUCCCGGACUCGUUCUGCUGCGGAGCAAAGAUUGAUUUCCUGCGGGCUGCCAGCGGCGGGGGAGAGGUGACCGGGGCAGGCGGCCGGCAGCGCGGGGUGGGCUGCAGCUUGCAGCAGCUGCAGGGCUUGCCGGGGGCCAGCAUGUCCAAGCCGGUGGAUCAUGUCAAGAGGCCCAUGAACGCCUUCAUGGUGUGGUCCCGGGCGCAGCGCCGGAAGAUGGCCCAGGAGAACCCCAAGAUGCACAACUCGGAGAUCAGCAAGCGCCUGGGGGCCGAGUGGAAGCUGCUCACCGAGGCGGAGAAGCGGCCCUUCAUCGACGAGGCCAAGCGGCUGCGGGCCAUGCACAUGAAGGAGCAUCCCGACUACAAGUACCGGCCCCGCCGGAAGCCCAAGACCCUGCUCAAGAAGGACAAGUUCGCCUUCCCGGUGCCCUACGGCCUGGCGGACCCCGACCACCCGCACGGGCUGAAGGCGGCCGGGCUGCACGGCGGGGCCGGCGGGGGCCUGGUGCCCGACUCCCUGCUGGCCAACCCGGAGAAAGCGGCCGCCGCCGCAGCCGCCGCAGCCGCCCGGGUCUUCUUCCCCCAGUCGGCGGCCGCCGCCGCCGCAGCCGCCGCCGCCGCGGCCGCCAGCAGCCCCUACUCGCUGCUGGACCUGGGCUCCAAAAUGGCAGAGCUCUCGUCGUCCUCCUCCGCCUCGGCGCUGCCCUACGCCUCCUCCUUGGCCUACCCCAGCGCCGCGGGAGCCGGCGCCUUCCACGGGGCCGCCGCCGCCGCAGCUGCCGCCGCCGCCGCCGGGGGGCACACUCACUCGCACCCGUCCCCGGGCAACCCGGGCUACAUGAUCCCCUGCAACUGCAGCGCCUGGCCCAGCCCGGGCCUCCAGCCGCCCCUCGCCUACAUCCUGCUGCCCGGCAUGGGCAAGCCCCAGCUGGACCCGUACCCGGCAGCCUACGCGGCGGCGCUAUGACAUCUCGGCCGUGCGGCCAGAGCCGAGCGGCGGACUCCCAGCCUCGGCUCCCGGGAGAGCCGCCUGGGGCCAGGUGCGGAGGGCUGGGCGCCGGCAGCUGCGGACCCGCCGCCCGGGAAGGGGCAAGGGCGGGAUGGGGGCGAGUGUCGGUGUAAACGGGAGCGUUUCAGCCCUGCGCUCCUGCCGCAAGCUUCUCUCUGCUCCAGCAGCAGGUGGUGCCUGUCCGGCCAUCCUCGGACCUGUUGCGUGUUGCCCACAGACAUCACUGAGAAGAAACUCCCUAGCUGGAGGUGGCUCGCCCAUCUGCCUCCCUUUUUUUAGAAUUGGUGUGUGUUGCAUGCAGCCUUUGCAGAUACCUGAGCUGAAAGGGCUUGUUCUUCACAGGCCCUGGAAACGUCAUUCUCUCACUGGUUUCUCCCUACGUGCAUCUUCCUUUGCCUGCCUUGUCUCCCCUCCCGCCCCCCAAAUCUGUGCUAUUUGAACUUCUCCAAAACGUCCUCACUCCAACACCACCACCGCCAAAAAAGGGGCAAAUUGUUGACAGAACGGAGGGACAAAUCUGGCGUUUGGAUCUGAAAGGUUUCCUCCGUUUUGUAUCAAGUCCUAUGCGAAUGGGAGCAGGAAACACAAAAAGAAAUAGACUGUAAAGUGAAAUACUGUCCGUCUGAUCUCCCCAACCCCCGGCCCCCUCCCCCUUUUCCCCCUUAACGUAUCCCACAGGACUUCCUGAAGUCCUCUCCUAUGGGACACUCAUACAAAUUGCAUUCUUAAUGUACAACCUGUGUCUCUUAUUUUCCCGAUCCUUAGGUCCCACGUUAAGACUGUAAAUUUGUAAAUUUCUGUGGAAAAGUUAGCUCUUUGAUUGAAAAUAUGUUGCUUCCUUUGCCCACAUUUGAGUCAGUUUUAGACUCAAAAAAAAAAAAAAAAAGAAAAAGAAAAAAAGAAAAGAAAAGAAAAGAAAAGGAACGCCUUUCAGAG